GACAUCGUCCUGGAAACACACUACUACACUGGUUUUAUUGUUAAAAAAACGUUUUUUUAUUUGGGGAAAAAACAGGUCGAAUCAAAGACUCAAAGUUGGAGGCUUGGAGCUAUGUAGUUUCAGAAGGAGUUCGCCCACUUUUUUGGUUUGCGAAAUCUGAAGGCUUCAAAUUUUCGAAUUUCUCCCAAAAUUGCAAACAAAAUGUUCAUAAAAAUGAAUCCAGUAAUAAUUAUUUCCUCAUUAUUAUUGGUUUUGACAUAUGAUCACAAUGUUGUUGCUGCUAAAUCGAGUUCUUCAACUUCCACCACGAUGCACACCAAUAACUGGGCUGUCUUAGUCUGUACAUCUCGAUUUUGGUUCAACUAUCGGCACAUGGCCAAUACUCUAUCAUUGUAUAGGACCGUUAAGAGACUUGGAAUUCCGGAUGAGAGGAUAAUACUUAUGCUAGCUGAUGAUAUGGCUUGUAAUGCGAGAAACAAGUACCCUGCUCAAGUUUUCAACAAUGAAAACCAUCGGCUUAACUUGUAUGGAGACAAUGUUGAGGUUGAUUAUAGAGGUUAUGAGGUGACUGUCGAAAACUUCAUGAGGGUUUUAACAGGCCGACAUGAGGAUGCUGUUCCGAGGUCAAAACGGCUCUUAAGUGAUGAAGGAAGCCACAUACUUUUGUAUAUGACUGGCCAUGGAGGAGAUGAGUUUUUAAAGUUUCAAGACUCUGAGGAACUUCAGAGCCACGAUCUAGCUGAUGCAGUGAAACAAAUGAAAGAAAAGCAUAGAUUCAAGGAACUUUUGAUAAUGGUUGACACUUGCCAAGCUGCCACUCUUUUCAAUCAGCUACAAUCACCCGGUGUUUUGGCAAUUGGAAGCAGUAUGAAAGGGGAAAACUCUUAUUCUCACCACUUGGAUUCGGAUGUUGGUGUUUCUGUUGUAGAUCGCUUCACUUACUAUACCCUUGCUUUCUUUGAGAGGCUAAAUAUGUAUGGCAAUGCUUCCUUGAGCAGUUUAUUUAAUUCUUACAACCCAAAUUUGCUCAUGUCCACUGCGUAUUACCGAACUGAUUUAUACCAGCGCAAUUUAGAAGAGGUUCCUGUGACAAACUUCUUUGGUUCAGUCAUGGAAACAAUUCACACUCAGUCUGCAUAUAAAGCUUUCUCAAACAAGGAUUUCAGCAGGGAUAUUAGAAGCAUGCCAUCGGAGCAGCCAACUGACUUUCAGAAACGAAGAGAGCUGCUAGCUGACAGUGGUUUGGAAACUCUCUCUUACUCAACGAUUUGCCCUAUUCACCAGUUAUGCAGUACUCUGGAAAAGAAACUUGAUAGUAUCAUUGAUGUUGAAACUUUUGUGAAUCGUGGAUUAUUGAUUAUGCUGCCUCUGAUAGCAGUUACAACUUGGCUGUCACUUUGAACCUGCCACACAAGCUUUUCACAAGCAGCCCACAGCUCAACGUAUGCAGACUCGAGCAAAGCAGUUGCAGCUCAACAGCUUUCUCAAGUCCUGAUUGUGAAGAAAGCAACUCAAAGGAAAAAGCCUAGAAGCUUCUAAUGCAGUCGAAGAUUGUUAGAAAGCUUUUCCUACAGAUAAGAAGAUUCAUUUAGAGGCUGUUAGAUCAAAAUAACUAAAGUGUGCUGUCAUAUGAUUAAUUGUAAUGAUUCUUCCUGCUUUCCUACACCUCGUUUGUUGAGCUUAUAAAUAGAGUUGGAGAUCGUUAAUGAUUUAUUAUGGAAUCCUCAA